GACGACCGGCAGCGCUUAUUUCUGUCUUAUCGUCAUUGGAAAUGCUUGACAAUAAAUUAGAUUUUGUGCAAAUUCUACCGUCCGAUCGAUCCACUCGAUGGUGUCCGUCCGCCAUGAUGGUGCAAAUAAUGGAAAGGAAUACCGAAGAAGAAAUAUACCUGAGGCAAAUCGCAGAUUCAGAAGAACCAAAGACGAAGCCAAUAGAAUGUCCAGAUUUUCGGUAUACCUGUGCCUGGGGCUGCUGCUGUUCUGGAGUUGCCAAAUAAACGCCGAUCACUUUGACGAAUGCGAGGGGGCCGAUGACGAGUCGUUUGUCCAAAGUUGGGAGAGCUGUCGAUCCUAUGUGUAUUGCCAGGGUGAGGAUUCCCUGAAGGGCGAGUGCGAUGAGGGUGAAUACUUCGAUUCCGAGACGGGAGCAUGCGAUGUGGCGGCCAAUGUACAAUGCUUUCUGGACGAAGUCGAUGAACCUGCCGAACCUGCGGAACCGGAACCGGAAGUCGAGGAAGAGGAGGAGGUAAUACCAGCCACACCGAGGCCAACCGAUCCUCCGCCAACCGAAGUGGAUAUCCUAAAUAUUGCUCCCGUGGUGCUGCCCAAAUGCCCGAUUAGCGAUGAUCCCAGUCAGGUUAUCUUAAUGGCCAGCAAUGAAUCGUGCACGAAUUACUAUCUGUGCUAUCAUGGACAUGCCAUGGAAAUGCACUGCACCAAUGAGCUGUACUUCAAUUCGCUCACCGGACAGUGCGAUUACCCGGAUAAGGUCCAGUGUUCGCUGGAAGAUCCGCGAUCGCACAAAUGCCUGCCUCACAUGACCGAGUUCUUUCCACAUCCGGAAAACUGCAACUACUUCUACUACUGCAUCAAGGGCUUCCUCACGCUCCAGCAGUGCCCCUUCUAUUACGGCUGGGACAUCGAGCGCCGGAGUUGUCACAUCGCUGCGAACUCCACAAAGAGAUCGAGAAUGCAGCAAUCUUUGCGCCAAGAACUUCUAUUGAUCGCCUACGGCAUUAUUCUCGUUGUCUGGGGAAUUAACGGUCUAAACAUUCCCGAGUGCAGUGGUCAGAAUGGCUUCAUUAACAACACGCGAGUCAAUUGCAGCUACUCCUUCAUCAAUUGCUCCGCCCAGGAUUCGAUGUUUUGCACGGACAACAGGACCUGUAGUGCCAACUUCACCUGUGCCGAUAUGGAUUUACCAGUGAAUAAUUCCACUGCCUCGCCCAUCAGAACAACUCCAGUUGUUACAACAACAGCACCCUCGUCAACCGUCUCACCCUCCGACAUUCGACGUCAGUGUCGUCAGGGGGUAACCAAAAGAUUUAGUUACCCACAGAACUGCAACUAUUUCUACUACUGCGUCGAUGGCUUUCUGCUGGUGGAGCAAUGUCCUAUCGGCUAUGCCUUCGAUUCUCAAACUGGAGCUUGCGGUGGUCGCAUAAGAAACUCCAACGAUUGUACGCUGAAGUAAAAUUAAUUAAGCCUCUUGUCGUGUCAAAAAUAAAAUCAUUAUAGCUAGAAAAUAA